GUGAAGGAAAUUACGUGAAGCCGGUGUUGAAUUUAACUGAAGGAAAUUGAAAUAAUAAUAAUAAUAAAAAAUACAAUUUAUAGAAAGAGAGGGUUUUUAUUAAAAGAAAAUAAAUAAACAAGUAAAAAGAAAAAGGAAGGAAAAAAGUGGGAAAAACAGAGACGAAAGUUGUGAAGGAGAAGAGGUUGGAAGGAGGGAAAGAAGCACAAGUGCAAGAUUUGCGAGUAAUGUAAACCUCUCAGACUCCGAUUCCUCAACUCAGUUCAGGAUCUUCCAGAUCAUUUCUGUACGAAGAAUAGUGUGAAAAUGGGACGACUAAAGCUUCAAGCUGGUAUCAAUGCUAUAGAGGAGGAAACUGAGGAGUGUGAUGUUGCAUAUCCUAACAAAACAACUCUAGCAUGCAUGAUCAAUUCAGAAAUUGGUGCUGUUUUGGCAGUCAUGCGAAGAAAUGUAAGAUGGGGAGGACGUUAUAUGUCAGGAGAUGAUCAGCUUGAGCACUCUCUGGUUCAAUCUUUGAAGUCACUAAGGAGGCAAGUCUUUUCAUGGCAGCAUCCUUGGCACACUAUUAACCCUGCCUUGUAUCUUCAGCCGUUUCUGGAUGUGAUUCAGUCAGAUGAGACUGGUGCCCCAAUUACUGGUGUUGCCUUGUCAUCUAUAUACAAGAUCUUAACAUUGGAUGUGAUUGAUCAAAAUACUGUUAAUGUUGAGGAUGCCAUGCAUUUGGUGGUUGAUGCUGUCACUAGUUGCAGAUUUGAGGUGACUGAUCCUGCAUCAGAAGAAGUUGUUCUAAUGAAGAUACUUCAAGUUCUUAUGGCAUGUAUGAAAAGUAAAGCAUCUAUAAUGCUGAGUAAUCAACAUGUUUGCACCAUAGUCAAUACUUGUUUCCGGAUAGUUCAUCAAGCUGGAACCAAAGGUGAGUUGUUGCAGCAGAUAGCACGAUACACAAUGCACGAACUUGUUAGGUGUAUUUUCUCACACCUUCAAGAUAUUGACAACACACAGCAUGCGUUGGUAAAUGGAAACUCUACUUUGAAACAAGAGACUGGGGACUUAAAUAAUGAGUAUGCUUUUGGAAAUAGACAACUGGAGAAUGGGAGCAUGAGUACUGAACAUGUCAAUCAGCCAUUAUCAACAAACUUUUCUCCCAAUGCAAGUGUUGUGACAACAACUGUGGUCGACGAAAACACAGCUAUUGCUAUUAAUGGCAAGGAGGCUGUACCAUAUGAUAUGCAUCUCAUGACUGAACCGUAUGGAGUACCCUGCAUGGUAGAAAUAUUUCAUUUCUUGUGUUCUUUGCUGAAUGUUGUUGAGCAUAUUGGAAUGGGUCCUAGAUCAAACACAAUUGCGUUUGAUGAAGAUGUACCUCUCUUUGCCUUAACUUUAAUUAAUUCAGCAAUAGAACUGGGAGGGCCUUCCAUUUGCAGUCACCCAAGGUUGCUAAGCUUAAUUCAGGAUGAAUUGUUUCGUAAUCUGAUACAAUUUGGUUUGUCAAUGAGCCCCCUUAUACUUUCAAUGGUGUGUAGCAUUGUUCUCAACCUGUAUCAUAAUCUUCGUACAGAACUCAAGUUACAGAUAGAAGCAUUUUUUUCUUGUGUGAUUUUGAGACUAGCCCAAAGCAGAUAUGGGGCUUCAUAUCAGCAGCAGGAGGUGGCCAUGGAAGCCCUUGUUGACUUCUGCAGACAAAAAACAUUUAUGGUAGAUAUGUACGCUAACUUUGACUGUGACAUCACUUGCAGUAAUGUCUUUGAAGACCUUGCGAAUUUGUUGUCAAAAAGUGCAUUUCCUGUGAACUGUCCAUUGUCUGCCAUGCAUAUUCUUGCUUUGGAUGGUCUAAUUGCUGUUAUACAGGGAAUGGCUGAAAGGAUAGGCAAUGGAUCUUUAAGUUCAGAACAUUCUCCUGUCAAUCUUGAAGAGUAUACUCCAUUUUGGAUGGUUAAAUGUGAGAAUUACAGUGAUCCAAAUCACUGGGUUCCUUUUGUCCGCCGAAGAAAGUACAUCAAGAGAAGAUUGAUGAUUGGAGCUGACCACUUCAAUCGUGAUCCUAAAAAAGGGCUAGAGUUUCUCCAAGGAACACAUCUUUUACCAGACAAACUUGAUCCCCAAAGUGUUGCUUGCUUUUUCAGAUACACUGCUGGAUUGGAUAAGAAUCUUGUUGGUGAUUUCCUAGGAAAUCAUGAUGAAUUUUGUGUUCAGGUUCUUCAUGAAUUUGCUGGAACAUUUGAUUUCCAAGACAUGAAUUUAGAUACUGCCUUGCGUCUAUUUUUGGAGACUUUCAGACUUCCUGGAGAAUCGCAGAAGAUACAGAGGGUGCUUGAAGCUUUCUCUGAGAGAUAUUACGAGCAGUCACCACAUAUCCUAGCCAACAAGGAUGCUGCUCUUGUGUUAUCAUACUCAAUUAUAAUGCUUAAUACAGAUCAGCAUAAUGUGCAGGUCAAAAAGAAAAUGACAGAAGAGGAUUUUAUCCGGAAUAAUAGGCACAUAAAUGGUGGCAAUGAUCUACCCCGAGAAUUCCUGUCAGAGCUUUAUCAUUCAAUUUGUAAGAAUGAAAUCCGCACUACUCCUGAGCAAGGUGUUGGAUUUCCUGAAAUGACACCAAGUCGCUGGAUUGAUCUAAUGCACAAGUUGAAAAAAACUGCUCCCUUUAUUGUAUCUGAUUCCAAAGCCUACCUUGAUCAUGAUAUGUUUGCUAUAAUGUCAGGCCCAACAAUUGCCGCCAUCUCUGUGGUAUUUGACCAUGCUGAACAUGAAGAGGUAUACCAAACAUGUAUGGAUGGAUUCUUGGCUGUUGCAAAGAUUUCAGCAUGUCAUCAUCUUGAAGAUGUUCUUGAUGAUUUGGUAGUGUCUCUCUGUAAGUUCACUACUCUUUUGAACCCGUCAUCGGUUGAAGAACCAGUCCUUGCCUUUGGAGAUGACAUGAAAGCAAGAAUGGCAACUGUUACAGUUUUCACUAUUGCAAAUAGGUAUGGUGAUUACAUACGCACUGGUUGGAGAAAUAUUCUUGAUUGCAUCUUAAGAUUGCACAAGCUAGGUCUUCUUCCUGCUCGUGUGGCCAGUGAUGCAGCUGAUGAGUCAGAGCUUUCUGCUGAAACUGGGCAUGGAAAGCCUAUUGGAAAUGCUUUAUCAUCAGCUCAUAUGCCACCUAUUGGUACUCCAAGGAGAUCCUCAGGAUUGAUGGGGAGGUUUAGUCAACUCUUAUCCCUUGACACGGAAGAGCCAAGAUCACAACCUACUGAACAACAACUUGCUGCUCAUCAGCGCACCCUACAAACAAUACAGAAGUGCCACAUUGACAGCAUAUUCACUGAGAGUAAAUUUCUGCAAGCUGAAUCUUUGUUGCAGCUUGCAAGAGCACUCAUUUGGGGUGCACGUCGAUCUCAGAAAGGGAACAGCACACCUGAGGAUGAAGAUACAGCAGUUUUCUGUCUGGAGUUGCUGAUUGCAAUUACUUUGAAUAACAGGGAUAGAAUCGUGCUUCUUUGGCAGGGUGUAUAUGAGCAUAUAUCCAAUAUUGUUCAAUCAACUGUGAUGCCUUGUGCUCUGGUAGAUAAGGCUGUUUUUGGACUCCUGAGGAUUUGCCAGCGGUUGCUUCCCUACAAAGAGAACAUUGCUGAUGAACUUCUGCGAUCUUUGCAACUUGUAUUGAAGCUUGAUGCCCGGGUUGCUGAUGCAUACUGUGCGCAGAUUACACUGGAAGUCAGUCGCCUUUUGAAGGCAAAUGCUUCUCAUAUUAGAUCUCAGCUAGGAUGGCGGACAAUUACAUCGCUACUUUCCAUCACAGCUAAACACCUUGAAGCAUAUGAGGCCGGAUUUGAUGCACUACUAUUCAUAAUGUCUGAUGAAGCCCAUUUGAUGCCGGCUAAUUAUGUUCUUUGUGUAGAUACUGCUAGGCAGUUUGCUGAAUCUCGGGUUGGACAGGCAGAGCGAUCUGUACGGGCACUAGAUCUCAUGGCAGGGUCUGUCAAUUGCUUGGUACAAUGGACUAGUGAAGCUAAGGAAGCAAUAGAGCAGGAGCAAGUGUCUAGGUUGUUCCAGGAUAUUGGAGAGAUGUGGUUGAGGCUUGUGCAGGGAUUAAGGAAAGUAUGUUUGGACCAGAGAGAGGAGGUUAGAAAUCAUGCUUUGUUAUCUUUGCAGAGAUGCUUGACAGGAGCUGAUGGGAUUGAUCUCCCUCAUGGCUUGUGGUUACAGUGUUUUGAUCAGGUGAUCUUCACUGUGCUUGAUGACCUUUUUGAAAUUGCGCAGGGUCACUCUCAAAAGGACUACCGAAACAUGGAAGGCACACUUAUCUUGGCUAUGAAGCUCAUGUCUAAAGUUUUUCUUCAAUUACUCCAAGACUUAUCACAAUUGACGACCUUCUGCAAAUUAUGGUUAGGUGUACUGAGUCGAAUGGAAAAGUAUACAAAGGUGAAAGUUAGGGGAAAAAGAAGUGAGAAGCUUCAAGAGUUAGUGCCUGAGCUGCUUAAGAACAUCUUGCUUGUUAUGAAGACAAAGGUUAUACUGGUGCAGAGGAGUGCCUUAGGUGGUGAUAGUUUGUGGGAACUGACAUGGCUACACGUGAAUAACAUUGCUCCAUCAUUGCAGGCUGAGGUCUUUCCUGACCAGGAUUUUGACCAUUUGCAGCAUAAACAGGUAGAAUCAUCAGUAGGAAAUUUGAUGCCUGAUGAAGUGAAUUACACUCCUUCAAAUGAAACAGAAAACCGUGAAGAUGCUGGCAUUGUUGGUUAAUUAUAACGACUGUUAUGACUGCCUUAAACCAUUUUUGUUGUGUGCGUGAACCCUUGAUCCCAGACCUUGAUAGUUCUUAUUCAAGGCUGUCUGGGGGUUCUCGUAGUUAUAAUACCGUGGGUCACGUUCACGCCCUAAUUUUGUUUGGAGUUAAUAGAUGCAAAAUACUACAGGAGGCUAACCAGGUAGUAUUUUCAGUUUGAAGACGCGGGAAGUUGGUUAACUCUCUUGUUCACCUUUCAGUUUGUAUUUUUCGAUGAAAAUAUGUUGUAGGUAGAGAUAGAUUUCUACGCAUCUACUAGGGUGCUUAGGGCUUUCCCUUCCACCCUUGGGACUGCCACAGGGACAGUUAACCAUAAAUUUCCUGAAAUAGAUGUACAGAACCUCAAAUUAUGUCUUACUGUAAGAUGCAUUUCACUGGGUAUGAUGUAAACAACAGAGUUCUUAUAUUGCCGGCCUAUUCAUCUCUCCAAGUGUGAUAAACCAACCAUAUCCCAUUAAUGCGAUGCUUUUGAGAGAGAUUAAUAUCGAUGGGUUUGAUUUAUUCACAACUUGGUUUUUA